AUGGAAAGGUGGCCCGUGCUCUCUCCGCCGGAGGUUCAAUUUUCGUUCCGCCCAUCAAUUCGAUACUCCAAGCGGUCUCUACCCUCCCAACCCCGUCAAUCAAUCUCUCGCCAGAUCCCACGCCAUCCUUCUUGCUCUUCUUCUUAAGCCACGUGGACCAUUCUCGGUGCUCACUGUCCAUUCGAAUUCGCAACAAUGCUUUGCUUCCGGUGCAGGGCCAUGCCCUCCGCUCUGAGGACGUACUCGUCCCCGAUGUCCAUGUCGAGAUACCUGAGUCCCAAAACCACAACAACCACACCUUUCAGCACCCUCUCCUCACCAUUCCGCCCCAUGACCAACUUCACCACCAUCAUCCGUCCCCAACUGCAGACCCUAAGCAACACACAACUCCCCUCCGCGGCUACGCCAUCCGCCCAACAGACCCGCUCUUUCUCCGCCAGUGCCUCCCUGGCCGGUAAGCGCGCGACCUACAACCCCUCGCGACGGGUGCAGAAACGGCGUCACGGAUUCUUGGCCCGGGUGCGGUCGCGUGGAGGACGGCUGAUCCUCCUGCGGAGGAGGGCGAAGGGCCGCAAGUCCCUGAGUUGGUAGAUGGGCCUCGGGGGCUACGUUGAUUGCUGGGUAAUGGACAACACG